AUGUGCUCCCCACGCCGCCUGCGCUCCAGGGGCACUCACACAGGCUCCCCUAGAAUUUCUCCAGGAAGCCGUUGGGCUUCAGCUCCUCUAAGGUCGUGGCGCAGCUGGACGCCGAGACUGAGUCGGCCGCCCAGGAAGCGGGACUGGGCAACAAGGCUGGGGUCUGGCCGGGGUCAGAGCCGAAACCGGGGUCCGAGUCAGAGGGAAAGCCGGGGCCAGGCUCCAAGGGGCUGCAGGGGUCCCAGACAGAGCGUAGCUCUACGCCACAAGGUUCGAGGCCAGGGAGGUCCCGGAGUCCGAUCAGGAACCGGAAUCGCUGCCGGGCGGGGCUUCAGGGCAGCCCUCGGAGCGGCGACCGUCGCUGGUGCAGGGGCAGGGGCCGUAGCCAUCCCGGGCGUUGGAGGGGGACGACGCUCCCCUGCCAGAGGUGGAAACCCCGGGGAUCCGGUCUGCUGGCGCCACUGCCACACCGACUGCCUGGAGGCGCCGCUCUUCUUCCAGUGGCCGGGGUGGCAGGUGGACGCGCACCACUGGAUCGUCCUGCUGGCGCCCAUGAUGCUGAUGGCCGCGCUGGGCACCGGCUUCCUUCACCUGCCCAAGGACGAAGAGGGAGAUCUGGAGGAGCAGUGCACCGGUGGGGAGCCGGGCCAAGGCGGAGAGACGCUUUGUGCAGGGGCUAUUUCACCACCAACGAUUCCUACCGCCUCUCCGCCUCCAGGAGGUGCACCCAGGCCAGUUUCACCUGGAUUCUGGUGGGCUCCCACAGCAGUUUCCACGGCUUCCACUGCCGGAACCGGACAUCUUUGCGAAGUCAGUAAAUUGGACAGCACGAUGCAGGAUCUACGUGUGGCACAGGGAAAUGGAAGCCAGAUCCAGUUCGAGUAGGUGUGCGUGAGGUACAAGAGGCUCUGUGUGCGUGAGGUACAAGAGGCUUUGUGUGCGUGAGGUACAAGAGGCUCUGUGUGCCCCCCAACCCGUUCCCGGAUGCCUGGCAAGUGGACAAAACAUUCGACCUGAGUUACAACCACAGUGAGCAUCCCUCUGUCUGAUCGGCUUCUUUGGAGGACACAUUUUGAAAUGUAACUGGCCUAGGUAAUGGGCCAGUUACUCCUGCAGGCCAAAGCCAAGUGGCUGCUGAACUGUCUGAAGAGCACCCUGAGGACAACAUGCAGAGCAAGAGUGGCUCAACCCAUUUCCUCAACCAAUUUAGCAACAUUAAGAACACUCUGGCCUUGAAGAAAAUUGAGGUGGUCCACUUUACAUUGCUUUCCAGACAACUGGAAUUUGAGGCAACUUCUAUGACAAUGAUCCCUUUGUUUCACCUGGCAUAUGUUCUAAUUAUACUGUU